AGUUCCUUCUCCCUGGGACUCCCACAUCUUCCCCAUGGUCUGGGAAAGCACCCUGUAGCUUCUGAUAAAAGCUCAGUUCAAGAUGAGGCAGAGGAGAGAGCUCUUGGCUUCACCAGACAUUCGCUGGUUGCUCCAGAGAGGCCCGAGCCAGAAACUCAGCACCAUGAAAGUCAUCACCACAGCCCUAAUGUGCCUGCUGCUGGCUGCCAUGUGGCCACAAGAUGUGGACAGCAAGAGCAUGCACGUGCCCUCUUCUCGCUGCUGCUUCAGAUUUCUGAAGAAAAUGCCUCCCCAGAAGUUAAUUCAGUGUUACAGAGAGAUCAGCUCCUCCUGUUCCCACCCAGCUGUGGUAUUCAGGCUGAAGAAAGGCCUAGAAAGCUGUGCCUUGACUACAACCACUUGGGUUCAAGAUUACCUGAAGAAGGUGAAACCCUGCUAGCUGAGGUGAAGAUGAGCUACACCUUCCCACCCAGCUCUGGAGACUGCAGCUGCCCUUCACUCAGUCCCACACCUUCCAA